AGGGGCUCAUUCUUCCCCGGGACCAGGCAGCCAGCAGGAAGAGCCGCUGCCCAUCGAGGACCCCGAGUGAGCCGGCGAGCGCCCAAGGGCCCCAGAGAAGAGCUCGGGAGCGGCAGGAGGCCGCCAUGGGCCCCCGGGGCCGACUCCUGCUCCUGCUGCUGCUCCUGGCUGGCAGCUCCUCUCAAGAGGAGGGGGCAGAGAACCACAGCGCAAGCUGUCCCAAAGAUUCGACCCGCUUCAAACACCUCCGAAAAUACGUGUACAGCUAUGAGGCCGAGAGCGCCAACGCCGCGGCGGGCACCUCCGACUCUCGCAGCGCCACCAAAAUCAACUGCAAGGUGGAGCUGGAGGUCCCGCAGCCCUGCAGCUUCGUCCUGAGGAUGAGCCAGUGCAGCCUGAGGGAGGUGUCCGGCUUCAGCCCCGAAGGCCGGGCCCUGCUGAGGAAGACCAAGAACUCGGACGCGUUCUCCGAGGCCCUGUCCAGGCACGAGCUCCGGCUCAGCAUUCCCGACGGGAAGAAGGUGCUUCUGUACCCCGAGAAGGAGGAGCCCGUCCACAUCCUCAACAUCAAGAGAGGCGUCCUGUCCGCCCUGCUGGCGCCCCUGGAGACGGACGAAGACGCCCAAGAGCUGUCUCUGGACACGGCCCACGGGAGCUGCCCCAGUUUGGUCACCGUCCAAGCAAGAAAAGGGACCGUCGCCACCGAGAUGACCGUCCAGAGGAACCUGCAGAGAUGCGACAGAUUCCGGCCCAUCAGCCGGGCCGCCAGUCCCAUCGCCCUCGUCCGGGGCCUGGGCGGCCCCUUGUCCAGCCUGCUGAGCAGCGAGCAGACGUGCCGCUACACGCUGGACCCCCGCCGGAAGCACGUGGCCGAGGCCGUCUGCAGGGAGCAGCAUCUCUUCCUCCCGUCGUCCUCCAGGACCCCGUCCGGCAUGGCGGCCCACGUCACGCAGACCCUGAAACUCGAGGACGCCCCCAAGAUAAACAGCCGCUUCUUUGACGCAGCCGCUUCCCAGGAGACGGGGCUGGCCGUGGCGCGCUCCGAGGAGGCCCCGGCGGCCCCCGCGCAGGACGGGGAGGCGCUGCUGAAGACCCUGCGCGAGCUGCAGGCGCUGCCCGCCGCGGGCCCCAGCGAGGCCAGGGCCGAGCUCUUCGGCAGGCUGGUCCGGGGCCUGCGGGGGCUCCCCGAGGACGGCCUGGAGCCGCUCCUGCCCAGGCUUCUGGACGUCUCCAGCCCCGUCGCCCUGCAGGCCUUGGCGCAGUGUGGCCGGCCGCAGUGCUACGCCCACAUCCUGCGCUGGCUGCGCACCGAGAAGGUCAGCCCGGCGCUCCUGGACGCGGCCGCCUACGUCCUGGCCCUCGUGGCCGGCCCCUCCGGCCACGCGCUCCACGAGCUGCUCCGGGCGGCCCAAGAGAGGCCCAACCGGGUCACGCUUUACGCCCUGAGCCACGCCGUGAGCAGGUACCACCCGCAGACCCCGGGGGCGGGCCAGGAGCUGAGGGCCGUCGCCGACUACCUGAUGUCCCGGCUGGGGAGCGAGUGUGCGGGGGGCAGCGAGCAGGACGUCCACUUGACCCUGCGGGUCCUCGGCAACAUGGGCGGCGUCCUGGAGGCGGCGAGCCCCCAGCUCAAGGCUUCCAUCCUGAGGUGCGUCCAGGGCGCUCCGGCCCCGGCCCUGCAGAAGGCCGCCGUGCAGGCCCUCCGGAAGAUGGAGCUGACCAACGAGGUGCAGAGCGUCCUCCUGCAGGCCUUCCUGGAGGCGGCGGCUCCCGAGGAGACGCGCCUGGCGGCCUACCUGCUGCUCAUGAGGCAGCCCGGCCCGGAGGCUCUGCGCCGCGUGGUGGCGGCCCUGCGCACGGAGGGCAGCGAGCAAGUCCGGGCCUUCGUGGCCUCCCACCUGGCCAACAUCGUGGGCUCCGAGGACCCCGGCGUGCAGGGCCUCAGGAAGCGCGUGGAAGAGGCUCUCCAGGGCUCGCCGCUCCCGCCGGCCGCAGACUCCAGGAGGUUUUCCCGCAACUACCAGCUCCAGCAGACGGUGUCGCUGCCCGGCGCCAGCCCGUUCUCGGUCCAGGCCGAAGGGAACCUGCUGCUGGAGCCGCGCAGCCUCCUCCCCCGGGAGGCCGUGCUGAAAACCACCCUGUCCCUGUUCGGCUUCCACCCCAGCGACCUCGUCGAGGUGGGCCUGGAGGCGCAGGGCUACGAGGCGGCCCUGGAGGCGCUCUUCGGCAAGCAGGGCUUCUUCCCCGACAGCGCCAGCAAGGCCCUGUACUGGGUGGACGAGCGGGUGCCCGACCCCGUGUCCAGGGUGCUCGGCGACCACUUCGGCUACAGCAAGGCCGAGAAAAGGGACCAGGACAUGGUGAGCGGGCUCCUGCGCAACGUCCAGAGGCUCCUCGAGGACUUGGGGUCCAGGGAGGCGCCCGAGGCUCAGGCCUACCUGCGCGUGCUGGGCCAGGAGCUGGGCUACGUCAGGCUGGAGGACGUCCGGGCCUGGGGGGCGGCGCUGCUCAGGACCGUCCAGUCGCUGAAAGGCCUCCCUCAGCUGAUCGCGGAGACCCUCAGUCGAGGCUCGCAGAGCGACCUGUUCCUUCACUACCUCUUCCUGGACGCCUCCAUCGAGCUCCCCACCGGCGCCGGGCUGCCCCUCCAGCUGGCCACGGCCGGCCUCAUCGUGCCCGGCCUCAGAGGCGGCCUGAAGCUGCAGGUGGCCGAUAAGCGGGCAGAGCUGGUGGCGCGGCCCUCCCUGUCCCUGGAGCUGGUGACCCACCUGGGCAUCUCGGUCCCAGACUUCGCUUGGAGCCGGGUGCAGAUGAACUCCCGCCUCUACCACGAGGCCGGCCUGGAGGCCCGAGCGGCCCUGGCCAAGGGCCAGCUGAAGCUGGCCUUCCCGGCCCCCAAGAGGCCCGUCAAGCUUUUCCAGGCCAGCCACAGCCUCUCCCUGGCCUCCUCCGCCACCUCGUACAAGCUGGGCCAGGCCGCGGCCCGGCCGUCCUGGGCCCAGUGCAGACCCCUCCUGAGGGGCCUCAGCUCCUGCGCCUCGCUGACCUACCCCAACGCCAGCGCCCUCAGCGCAGACGCCAGCUUUGACCUGGAGCUCCGGCCCACCGGCGAGGUGGAGGACUACGUGGCCAGCGCGAGCUACGAGCUGCUGCGCGGAGAGCCCGGCGGCGGCCUCGUGGACCAGCUGAGGCUCGCUGUCCAGGCGGAAGGCCCGAAGCCCGCCGAGGAGGCCACGCUGACGUUCCGGUACCAGCGGAGCCGGCGGGAGCUGAGCAGCGACCUCCAGGUGCCGUCCCUGGGCGUGGACCUGGGCAGCAGCCUGCGGCUCCGUGACCUGUCCGACGCGGAGCAGGCGCGCUACAGCCUCACGCUGGACGUCCAGGCCUGGAAAACCACGGAAAUGACCUUGACGGGCCACAUCAGGUGUGACCGGAAGGCAGAGGGUGCCCUGGGCGUCGUGCUGUCCGUGCCCUUCCUGAAGGCCGAGGCCCGGAGCGAGAGCCUGGUGCGCUGGGCCCCCAGCGAGCUCCUGCUGCAGCUCGACAGCUCGGCCACCGCCUACGGCACCACCGUGUCCAAAAGGGUGGCCUGGCGCUCAGACGACAAGAAGAUGGAGCUGGAGUGGAACGCGGGCAGCAUCACCGACACGGGCACGCUGGCGGCCCACCUUCCCCUGGACGUGGCCGGCUACAGAGACAGGCUGAGACGGGACGCCUGGGUCCUGCUGGAGCAAAAGCUGGCCCACACAGACAUGACUCUCAGCCACAUGGGCUCCAAGCUGGUGCAGGCGCUGGGCACGUGGGCGCAGAAGGCCUCCCAGGGCCUCCCUUACUCCGAGAGCCUGCAGGGGACACUCCAGGGCCUCCGCCAGUGGGAAAUGCCGGCGCUGCAGCUUCCUGACCAGCUGUUCUUGAAAAGCGACGGCCGGCUCCGUUACACGCCGAACAAGGAUCACGUGAAGGUGGACGUUCCUCUGCCUUUUGGAGGCAAAUCUCUGGAGCAGCUGAAGCUGAGCCGAGUGAUCCGCACCCCGGCCCUGGACCUGCAGGCCAUCGGGCUCCGCUGGCCCGAGAGGGAGUUCCGGCUGCCCCCACUGACCGUCCCCGAGUCGUACCCCCUGCGGGUGCCCCUGCUGGGCGUCCUCGACUUCUCCACCAACAUCUACAGCAACCUCUACAACUGGUCGGCCUCCUACACGGGCGGGAACACCACGGCGGCUGCCUCAGCGCCGCACAUCAGCCUGCAGUCUCGGUACCACGUCAAAGCCGACGCGGCCCUCCCUCUCUUCUCCUACAGGCUGCAAGGAUCCGGGGAAACAACUUAUGAUCACAAGAACACAUUGACUUUCUCCUGGGAUGGAUCUCUGCACCACAAAUUGCUGAAUUCAAAUAUCAAGCUCAGCCAUGUAGAAAAAUUUGGGAACAAUCCAGCCUCCAAAGGUUUCCUGACAUUCGAUGCUUCCAGUGACUUGGGGCCACAGGCGUCCCUCUCAGUCCAGCUAGAGUCAAAGAAGAAGUCUCAUGUGUACUUCAAAGAAAUCAAAGGCAGCGGUCAGUUCACGGCUUCUUCCUUCAAUGCUAAGAGCACAUAUGCCCUGUCCUACCAGAGAGAUGUGAGCACAGGCCAGAUCACUGGAGAGUCCAAUCUCAGCUUGGACUCCUCCUUCUUCCAGGCCACCAACCAAGUGACGGGAAGGUACGAGGAUGGAAGUCUCUCCGUCACAUCUGCCUCCAACCUACAAGAUGGCGCUGUGAAAAACACUGUUUCCCUGACACUGGAAAACAGCCAAGUGACUCUGAAGUCAGAUACCACCGGAAAGGUCUCUGACCUCUCGGCCCUGCACAAGUUGGACGUGACUUUGACUUGGCACAACGCUCUGCUCCGAUCCGAGUCUCAGGCUGAUUUCCGGACCCUGAAGGCCUUCAGCCUCCUCUCGGGAUCCCUCAAUUCCCGAGGCCUUGAAUUGAACGCUGACCUCCUGGGCACCGAUGGAAGUAGCAGUGGAGCUCACAAGGCCACUCUAAGGAUUGGACAAGAUGGCCUGUUAACCAGUGCCACCAGCAGCCUCAAGAUCCUUCCACUGAUGCUCGAGCAUGAGUUGAAUGCUGCCCUGGGACCCCUGGGCUCCUCCUUGAAGGUGAUGACUAAUGCACGCUAUCAGGAAAACAAUGCCAAGUUCACCGUGGAUGGCAAGCUGGCCCUCACAGAGGUAGCCCUGGGCAGCGUGUACCAGGCUGCGGUUUGGGGCACAGACAGCAAAAACGUCUUCAACUUCAGAAUGAACAAAGAAGGACUGACGCUGUCCAAUGAUAUGAUGGGAUCCUAUCAGGACAUCAAGUUGGAGCACAUGAACAGCCUGGUCAUUGCUGGCUUGUCCUUAGAUUUCACCUCCAAAAUGGAGAAUGUGCUAAGCUCAGACAAGCUCUACCAGCACAGCUUCAAUGUCCAGCUUCAGCCUUACUCUCUCCUAGCUGCCGUGAACCACAACCUCAAGUUCAAUGCCCUGGACCUGGCCAACACAGGGAAGCUGAGGCUGGAGCCCCUCAAGCUGAGUCUGGGGGGCAAUGUGAAAGGCACCUAUGGAAAUGGAGAAAUCAAGCAUGUCUACAGCGUCACCUAUGCCGACUUGUCUGCGAGUUACAAAACAGACACUGUCGGCAAAGUGGGGGACUCAGAGCUGACCCACCGGCUCAGUGCCAACCUCGCCGGGCUGGCUUCUUCCAUUGACAUCAACACCGCCUACCACUCAGAGUCCCUGCAUUUCAGCAACAUCUUCCAUGCCAUGGCGGAGCCGUUCAAGUUGGCCGUGGAUGCUCACACCACAGGCAAUGGGCGCCUGAUCCUCCUCGGAGAGCACACGGGGCAGCUGUACAGCAAAUUCCUGCUGAAAGCAGAGCCUCUGGCCUUCACCUUCUCCCACGACUAUAAAGCAUCUUCGGGCCAUCAGCUCCGAUCCAGGAGGAGCCUCGAGACUUCCCUCGAUCACAAAGUCACCGCCCUGUUCACUCCAGCUGAGCAGUCCAGCUCCUGGAAGCUGAAGGCCCUGGCCAACAACAAUGGCUAUGACCACGACCUCCAGGCUUACAACACCCAUGAGAGAGUGGGUGUGGAGCUCAGGGCCGGGGCCACUGUAGACCUUGCUGUCUUUGACUCACCCAUGGAGCUUCCCUAUUUGUUCAGCGAACCUGUUAAUGCCAUUGAUGCACUUGACUUGAGGACUGCUGUUGCUGAGCCUCAGGUUUUCAGUCUUGCGGGCACUGUUAAGUAUGACAAGAAUCUGGACCUUCACGUCAUCGACCUUCCGUUUUUGGCGAGCCUGCCUGCUUAUUUCGAGAAAGCCCGAGGGGCCGUGCUGGCCAGCCUCCAGUACCUGCAGCAGUACUUGAAGAGCAUCAAUAUCGACCGCCACGUGAAGCACUUCCGAGCGACCUUAGACAGACUCCCCCAACUGAUUAAUGACCAGCUCAGCAAGCUGAAUCUUGAAGCACGAGUUGUAAAUGUGAAGGAGAGCCUGAUUGCUUUUCUUGAAAAUUCUAAGUUUACAAUCGAUGAUCUGCAGAACUCAUUAGAUAAUGCCAAAAUCAGCCUCAAUGAAUUCUCCACUCAGUUCCAGACUAACUUGAUACAAUUUGAUCAGUAUAUUAAAGAUAAUUAUGACUUGCAUAAAUUAAAAGAAUCAAUCACAAAACUAAUCAACCACAUAGUUGAAAAAUUAAAGUUUGUUGAUGAGCGGUAUCAGAUCCGUGUACUUGUGAUGAAAGCGGUCCAAGAUGUUUAUGUCUUUGUUGAAAACCUCGAUGUCAAUAAAAUGGGCAGUAGGGCUGUGGUCUGGAUUCAGAAGGUAGAUUCUCAGUACCAGAUUCGAGCUCAGAUCCUGGAGAAACUGCAGCAGCUGAGCCACCAAAUUCAGGCUGUUGACCUCCAGGACUGGGCUAAUUGGCUAAAAAGACGAAUCGAGGACAUUGAUGUUAGAGUGUACUUAGAAUUCUUUAGGACUUCUUUGCCAAUCCAAGAAAUAAAGAAUAUUGUUGAGCAUAUAACAAUUCUUGUCAUGAAUCUUUUAGAAGAUUAUGAAGUGGCUGAAAAGGUCAGCGUUUUUCAAGCUAAGAUACAUGAGCUCAUUAAUAAAUAUGAGGUAUCCAAACAGGUCCAGGUCUUAAUGGAUAAAUUGGUCCAAUUGGCCAACCAAUAUAAGCUGAAAGAAACCAUUCGGGGACUGGCCAACUCCCUGAAAAAAAUCGAAAUAAAAGCCCAUUUUGAGAAACUCUGUUUACUUGUUGAUGAGGCCAUUAAGAAGAUCCAGACAGUCACAUUUGGGCAACUGAUUGAUGAAGUGAACAAAUUCCUGGACCUGUUGGUAAAGACAUUGCAGUCUUUUGAUUACAAUCAGUUUGUGGAUGAAGCCAAUAAGACAAUCCGUGAGCUGAUCCAUAAUAUCAAUGAGGAAAUCCGGGCUCUGGAGCUUCCCCAGAAAGUAGAAGCUGCCAAAUUGUAUGUAGCAGAGGUCAGAGCUGUGCUCUCUGACUACCUGGAGAAGAUCAAGGACACCCAGCUCACUGUGAUCACUGACUGGUUCUGGAACAUCAUGGGCUCUAAUUUUGUAGUCGACAUCAGAGGGAGAUUUCUGGAAGUCCUCGAGGACACACGAGACCGCCUCUACAAAGUGGACCUUCAGAAGGAGAUCCAGCAACGCUUGCAAACUCUCAGCCAGGUGUAUGACACCCUUGUCAACUAUGUCCAUGAUUGGUGGCAGCUGAUUGCCAAAGAGAUAACUGACUUUGCUGAGCAAUACAACAUCAGCGACUGGGCGGAGAAGCUAAAAAUGCUGGUAGAGCACGGCUUUACUGUCCCCGAGAUCAGGACAGCCCUCGGCACCCUGCCUGCCUUCGAAGUCAGUCUCCGAGCUCUACAAGAGGCCACCUUUCAGACUCCUGAUUUCAUCAUUCCCCUGACAGACUUACGGAUCCCUUCUAUUCAGAUCAACAUGAAGAAGCUCAAAGAAAUCAGGGUUCCGUCCAAGUUUACCACCCCAGAAUUUACCAUCUUCAAUACCUUCAUGGUUCCUUCCUUUACCAUUGACCUCAUAGAAAUAAAACUCAAGAUCAUUAGGACCAUUGACCAGAUGAUGUCCAGUGAAUUCCGGUGGCCCCUGCCAGAAGUAUCUCUGCAGGAUUUGAAGGUGAAGGACACAUUUAUUGCCUACCUCACCCUCCCUGACUUCCAUUUCCCAGAACUGACUGUCCCAGAAAUCCUGAUUCCCAAGCUCAGCCUAAGUGAAUUUCAGGUUCCUGAUCUCCAAAUCCCAGAAUUUCAACUUCCCCACAUCCCUCAUACAGUUGUAGUCCCAACCUUUGGCAAAAUGUCGGGUGUCUUAAAAAUCACUUCUCCCUUCUUCACCCUGGACGCGAGUGGGGGCAUCGAGAACACAACGACCUCCAAAAGCAACCCAGAGAUUGUGGCCUCCGUGACCGCAGAAGGACAAUCCACUUUGGACUUCCUGGAUUUCACGUUUCAAGCGGAUGCACACCUUUCAGCCCCUGAAAUGGAAAGGAUGGAUAUAAAGGAAUCUCUAAAGUUCUCCAGCAAGUACCUGAAGGCAGAUCAUGAGAGUGAGGUGCUGUUUUUGGCCACCUCCAUCCUUGGCAAAAUGGACACGGUGGCCACUGUCUACACUGCCAAGAACACAGUGGAGCUGAAUAACAGCCUGACUCUCAAGCUGCAGAAGCAAGUGACCUUUGAGAGUGACACAAAGUAUUCCCACAAGCUGAACCUUCCUCAAAUGGACUUCUCCAGCCAGACAGACCUGCGCCACGAGCUGGUGAUGCUCCUGGAAGCGGGGCGCGUGGCAGCGACUUCCACUGGAAAAGGGUCUUGGAAAUGGGCUUUCCCCCGCUUCUCUGACGAGGGCACACAUGAGUCCCAACUCAGGUUCACUGUGGAAGGACCAAUGGCUUCACUGGGCAUGACCAAUAAGAUUAACAGCAAACACGUGAAAGUCAACCAGAAGUUGCUCUCCGAAUCUGGCUUCCUCAAUUUUGCCAAAUUUGAACUCCAGUCGGAAGCCGAGUCCCAGCAUGUGGGCCACAGCGCACUGACGGCUCGGGGCUCUGUGCUCCUGGGAGAGCUGAAGGCAGAACUCACUGGCACCCACGAGGCUCACUUAAAUGGGAGGGUUACUGGAACCUUGAAAAAUUCUCUGUCCCUUUUAGCGCAGCCAUUUGAGAUCGGUGCCGAAAUGAAUAACGAAGGGAACAUUAAGGUGAGUUUUCCAUUGAAACUGACUGGAAAGAUCGAUUUCCUCAACAACUAUGCUCUGGUCCUGAGUUGUGACGUCCAGCAAGUCAGUUGGCAAUCUGGUGCCAGGUUCAAUCAGUACAGAUACAGUCAGAAUUUCUCUGCAGGAAACAGUGAGAGGAGCAUUGAGGCUCACGUGAGCAUUAAUGGGGAAGCCAACCUGGAUUUCUUAAACAUCCCGCUUACGAUCCCUGAAAUGACUCUGCCUUACACCAACGUCACGACUCCCCAGGUGAAAGACUUCUCCCUGUGGGAAAGAACAGGCUUGAAGGACUUUCUGCAGACCACGAAGCAAGGCUUUGAUCUGAGUGUCAAUGUUCAGUAUAAGAAGAACAGAGACACGCAUGCCAUUCCAUUCCCCCUCAGAGCUUUUUACGAUGCCCUCUGUCGAAACAUCGAUGCUCUCAGACAGCACGUUGAGAAAGGCAGAGACAAGGCAUUUAGCUUCCUCACAAAGUCAUACAAUGAAGCAAAAGUCCAAUUUGAUAAAUACAAAGUAGAAACAUCUCUCGACAAGCUCCCUAGGUCUCUGAGGGUUCCAGGGUACUUCCUCCCAGGGCUCAACCUUGUAGUCCCUCCAUUCACCGCAGAGAUGCCAGCAUUUGGCUACACGAUUCCCAAGGAGAUCAGUACCCCUGGGUUCACCAUCCCUGGCAUCGGCUUCUCCUUGCCAUCCUACACCCUCGUCGUGCCAUCCCUGGAAUUCCCCGUCCUUCAUGUGCCCAGGAGCCUCCGAAAGCUCACGCUCCCUGAUAUCAAGAUUCCGAGGACGUCUGACCACCUUCUGAUCCCAGCCAUGGGCAACUUCACUUACGAUUUCUCCUUUAAGUCAAGCGUUAUCACGUUGAACACAAACAUGGGGCUCUACAACCAGUCAGAUGUUGUGGCUCAUUUCAGGUCAUCCUCUUCUUCAGUCAUCGAUGCUUUACAGUACAAGUUAGAUGGCACAACUAGUUUGACCAGGAAAAGAGGCUUGAAGCUAGCCAUGGCUCUAUCCCUGACUAACAGAUUUGUGGAGGGGAAUCACGACAGUACCGUGAGUCUGACCAAGAGGAACAUGGAAGCAUCUGUGACCACCACAGCCAGAGUGCAGUGCCCAGUUUUGAAAGCAAAUUUCCAGCAGGAGCUCACCGGAACCAUGAAACCUAAACCCACCAUCUCUUCAUCCAUCAAUGUCAAGUAUGACUUUCAGUCUGCCCGGUUGCACAGCAGUGCCAAAGGGGCCAUUGACCACAAGCUUGCCUUAGAAAGCUUCACAUCAGAAGGUUUCACCCCUUACUUGUCCAUUGAGACAGCCACCCAAAGUAGACUCAGUGGUUCGGUCCUCUCCCAAAAGUAUUCUGGGUCCAUCUCCAGUGAGGCCAACUCUUACUUGGACCCAAAGAGCACACGCUCUUCACUGAAGCUAGAAGGGACCUCCAAAAUGGAUGGCAUCUGGAACAUAGAGAUGAAGGAAAACUUGGCAGGGGAGGCUUCUGUUGGGCACAUCUACACUCUCUGGGAGCACAAGGGAGAAAACUCUUUACAGCUGAGGGGAGGGUUUUCAACAAACGGGGAGCAGAGUAGCAAAGUGACUCUAGAGCUUGCUCCUUGGACCGCCUCCAGUGUGAUUCAGGUUCAUGCCAGCCAGCCCAGUUCCCUCUUUGAGAAGGCCUCUGUCAGCCAGGUGGUGAGCCUGACUGCCAGUUUCAAGGACCAAAAAGCCAGCUGGAAAGGGGAGGGUCACAUUCAGUCCGUGUCCCUUGGUCACAAUGUACAGCUGUCUAACGACCCAGCGGAAAUAAGGAUGGACGUGGCCAGCUCUUUAGAAGGCCAAAUGGCCUUCCUUGAUGACAUCCUCCUGCCAGUUUAUGACAUUAGCCUUUGGGACAUCUUGAAGAUGGAUGUCACCAACUAUACCAACAAACAAUACCUCCAGUUUUCCAGUGCUCUGGUUUAUACCAAGAACCACAGCGGCUAUCGGUUUUCCAUCCCUGUGAAAGAAACAGCCAAUGAGUUCCUCAUCCCCAGACCAGAACUGAGGUCUCUGGUCACACUAAGCAGUGGCCACGCUCCCCCCUCCAUCCUGGAAAGUGCCUCCAUGAGAUUGGCCAAGAAGACGAGCAUUGCGCCAUUUGCCAUCAGUUUACCAUUUCUGCCCCAAGUAAAAUUCCCCAGAGUGGAUGUGUCUACAGAAUAUUCUCCCCCUGAAGAGUCCACCCUUCCCCUGUUGAGGGUGACGGUGCCCGAGUUCCAGGUGACCCUGUCUCCAUUCACUCUUCCUAAAAGACUUCCCCUUGGUGGGGUGACUCUGGAUCUGAAUGAGGUGGCUACCAAAAUUGCAGACUUUGACCUACCCACCAUCACCAUGUCUGAGCAGAGCAUUCGAGUCCCAGCUCUGACCUUCUGGCUUCCCACUGGCAUCUUCUUGCCCUCCUUUGGAGCACUGGCUGGAGAGUUGCGAGUGGCAUCACCAGUCUACAACACCACCUGGAGUGCUCGACUAAGGAAGAAAGAGAACCAGCUGGAGACCACGCUGGAGGCCACGUGCAGCUCCACAAUCCAGCCCCUCGAAUAUGACCUCAAUGUUAAGUCCACAGGGACCUUUGAAGAUGGUGUCCUGGUGGGGAAGACAAGGGGCACGUUCUCCCACAGGGACCUGAGUGCGGAAUAUCAAGACGACUUCACGUACCAAGGCUUUGAAGUCUUGGAGGAAACCAUGACCCUGAGCAUCAUCAGCCCCACAUUCACCGACGUCCACGUGCACUACCAGGAAAACCAAAACAGCUCUUCCGUGACCAUCUCCUCUCCACCCAUAGGCACCCUAGGCAUCGAGGAACAGAGAGAAGACCUUGUGCUCCAAGGGAAGAUGUACUACCAGCCCAAGGGCUCGGCCGGAAGGAAGCUGGACGUGUCCCAGGCUGUGCUCUCCGUGGAGGGGCCGCGGCUCCUGCAGCUGAGGGUGAGCUGGGAUGAGGAGGCGGUCUCGGAGCUGGCGCAGAGCCUGGGCGCUGCCUGGCCCCGGGCGGCCAAGGCCCUGUACGGCUACCUGGACACGUGGCACCGGCAGCAGACAGGCCUGGAGCUCUCCAGGGCCUCGGCCAAGCUCGGGAGGGUCUUGGCGAAGAGGGCCGACGAGACCUACGCGGGGGCCAUGCGGCGCCUGGACGAGGCGGACGAGGGGCUGCGCCGGGCAGUGGGCAGCGUCCCCGCCAUGUACCAGCAGGCGGGAGAGUACGCCAAGCGCCUCUACCAGCAGGCAGACCUCCAGGAGCUCAAGCACAAGAGCCUGGGCUGGGCCUCGAGCCUCGGGCAGGAGGGCCACCGGAGAGCUCAGCUCCUGCUCCGCUCGGCCAUCGAGCUCCUUGGGGAGCGCCGCUUCUGGCUCCCGGGGCGGCCGGGCGGCCACACCGCAGACGAGCUGGGCUCGGCGGUCCUUCAUCGGGUGGCCGCGGCCUUGUCCCGGGCCCUGUCCGGCGUCCAGCAGGCCCUGGCAGCGCUGCUGUCCUCCAUCAGGGACGCGGACGACGAGGCGCUCUCGCGGCACCUGGGCUUGGGCUCGGCGAGGGGCUCCGAAGGCUUCUCCGCCAAGGCGGCCCUGCUGGACCUGGGAGAGACGCUGCAGGGCUUGGGCGACGGCGUCCAGGACGGCCUGAGCUGGGUGCAGACGGAGGCGCUCUCCGAGCUCCUGGAGUCCCUCCAGGUGACCCUGGCCCAGAGCUUCCAGGGCUUCCAGGAGCUGCUCGAGGAGCUGCAGAGGGAGGACUUGGCGGAGCUCAAAAGGCUGUUCGUGGAUGGGGCGCACCUGGCCACGGACUGGGCCGCGAUGCUCAUCCAGGAGCUCGGGGAGGGCCUGCAGGCCGCGGGCUUCCUCGUUCAGGCCCAGCUGGCCGCGGCGUCCGAGCGCCUGAGCCGGCUCCACGCUGCCACCAAAGCCCUGUGGGAGGAGCACCGCGGCCCAGGGGGCUCCGGCUGGGCCCUGGCGUACUACGAGGUGGAGGAGACGCUCCUGCGGGCGGCCCGAAGCAUCGUGCAGGCCCUGCUGGACUUCCAGGCCAAGACCUUGGCGGGCUUCCUGGGCGACAGAGAGCCGCUGGCCUGGCUGCCGUGGAAGGAGGUUCAGGACGCGCUGAGCAUCCUGCUGCUGGAGGAGGGCAGAGGGCACGAGAGGCUGCAGGAGCUGUGCCGGCAGGCCCAGGACGGCAUCGGGGCUUGGGCGGCCGCGGCCAAGAGGACGGCAGCCGAGCUCCACACCCAGCUGCAGGCCGCCCCCGAGCAGCUCUCGCGGGCUCUCCGGUGGGCUGCCGAGCGGGCCGAUGGGCUCCUUCGCCUGCUGGCCUCAGGCUGCCGCGCCAUCCUGGACAGCGUGCUGAGCCAGCAGCGGGCGGCGGGCCGUAGCCUGGACACCUACGUGCAGGUCCGCCCCGGGCAGCUGACCAUCGACGUCCCCUUCCCUCUCCGCUAGUGGCCGCCCUGCCCUCGGGGACACCCUUCAGGGACUCCUCGCAUCCAGUUCCCAGAAGAAGGAAGCCCUGCGGAAAGCCUGGGCAGCGCAGCGGAGGAAGAAGCGGAGCCCUCGCUGGGCAAUUGGGAGAGACACACGCAGGGGCAGCUGGGCUCUGGGGGGCCGAAAUUCUAAUCAAGUGUUCUUGUUGGACUUGGAAAAUCCAAAUAAAUGAAGUGUUCGAGACCUCCUAA